UGUACAUACGUAGCGCCUCCUCUCUGAAUACCUCCUCCUAGGCUUACUCUGUUUCUGUGAGCCCCUGAGUUCACCACCUUUUGCUAAUUGCUCCCACCUGAAAAAGCUCUCUGUCAUCUCUGUGUGUGUGUGUGUGUUUCUGUUUUUCUACAUGCACCAUCAAUGGGCAACCUUUGUGCCUGCCUCGCACCCAAGACAGUGAACAAGAAGAAAACCACAAAGCGGCUUGCGAACCAACCACCGCUCGCCUCCAACUCCAGCAAUCGCUGGACCCGAAUCCGAUCCUCACGUAAAGAGAAAUUCGACGACGCUUUAAUUCAAGAACAAGCUCUAGCCGCCGCCGCCACCAUCAUCUUACAACAGCACAACGGUGCUCUGCCCUUCGAUCGGUCCGCUUCGCUUCGCUAUCCGAACUCGGGGUCCAAGAAGAGCAACCAGCUGCCCCGGAGUUCGAGCUCAAGGGCCAGGUCACUCACAGACCCUUUGCUACAGCCUCAGCAGCUUGUUAAUCAGGACAUCAAGCUUGAUGAUCUAGAAACCAGCCGUUUUGUGCUUGUUCAUGGAGGUGGCUUUGGUGCUUGGUGUUGGUAUAAAACUAUAGCACUUCUAGAAGAAGGUGGUUUCAAAGUAUCUGCUAUAGACUUAACUGGUUCUGGGAUUCAUACAUUUGAUACGAACAACAUUACAAGUCUUUCGCAAUAUGUGAAGCCACUUACUGAUUUUCUUGAAAAACUUGCUGAGGGCGAGAAGGUCAUCUUGGUGGGACAUGAUUUUGGUGGUGCAUGUAUAUCAUAUGCAAUGGAGUCUUUUCCUUUUAAAAUUUCAAAGGCUAUUUUUAUUGCUGCAACUAUGUUGACUAAUGGACAAAGUACUCUUGAUAUGUUUUCCAAACAGGCAGGUUCAAAUGAUCUAAUGCGACAGGCUCAGGUAUUUUUAUAUGCAAAUGGGAAUGAUCACCCUCCAACUGCUAUUGAUUUAAAUAAAUCAUUGUUGAGGGAUUUGUUAUUCAACCAAAGUCCGGCCAAGGUACAUUUUUAUUUUUAUGAAUUAUAUUACUAAUGAAAACCUAUUGUGUUUAUUAUUUGAUGAGGUCAUUCAAAUCCCUUGUGAUACGAUAUAGCAAAAUUCAAAGACACUGCUUUCACAAGCGUUUUAGGAAAAUAAUAUGUUGAAAUACACACAUAUGUACAUGUGGAGAAGCAUGUGAAUGUGCAUGUGCACUCUUACGUUGUUGUUGCUUGGUAUUUUCUUUGACUAGACCUUCAGAAUUAAGAUUGUCCAUCUGUGAACAUUGUAGUUCUGAAUAGGUUAUCUCCAUAACACUGGGGAUGCUGAUGACGGAGUUGCCAACAUGUCUUUUGGUACUAGAAUUGUUUAAGUCAACAAUGAGAAAGAGACACAUAGCACCAUGUUAGUAUGUCUUGGCUGGGUCUUUGCAAUAUCUGUGUGUGCUGGCAUGGACAUUAAACCAAUUGAAAUCAUAAACAUGAUGAAUAAUUCUUUUUUCAAUGAUUAUUGGAACAUGUGCAAUGGACUAAAUGUUUUAGUGACUUUGAAAUGGAUCCUAAGAAGUUUGUCUGUUUGUUUCUGUGUUGGGAAGCGACUUCUGAGAAGUGUGGCUUUUAGGUGGCUGCUAUUGCUUGCCAUGCUAUUUGUUUCUGUUCAACUUUGAAGCAAUGCUCAUUCUACAAAAGUUUGCAAGGCCCAUAUCUCUUUAUUUGAAAGUGAAAUUAAAUGCAAAUGUGUGGUAGAGUUUUAUUUCCAAGUGUGAUGCUUUCCCUACCAUUUUGUUAGUUUGGUUGCGCAAAUAGAGGACCCAGUUGAGUAGCCCUUAGAAUCCAUUCUUAUUGAAGUUGCAAAGACUCUUUGUUUCUUAAAUUCUCUCUCUCUCUCUCUCUCUCUCUCUCUCUCUCUCUCUCUCUUAUGUAUCUGUGUUUAUAUUCUCACGUGUCAUUUCCCAUUUUCUCUUAAAUCAUGCUUUCUAUCGUUCU